AUGCUGAUGGCAUUGCUUAGAUUAUUGCAUCCUAAUCUUGGUAUUGUAGGAUCGGGAUAUUCACCCCUUGAAGAUGAUGAAGAUGUGUAUGCACGCAAUAGAUAUAAAGAAACACCGUGGUGCUCCCCCAUUAAAGUGAAACAUGGUUAUGCAAACUGCAGGACACCUCAAGGAGAAUAUUACAAGAACGUACUGGGGACAAGGUGUGAUAUUCGCUGUCAAAAAGGGUACGAACUGCAUGGCCCUCAGCAGCUAAUCUGUCAGUCAAGCAAACGCUGGUCUGGGAAAGUGCUGUGCAAACAAAAGCGCUGUCCCACCCUGUCCAUGCCAACCAACGGGGGUUUCAAGUGUUUAGAUGGUGCCUACUUUGGCUCGAGGUGCGAGUACUACUGUUCGCCGGGAUACCAGCUGAAAGGUGACCGUAUAGUAACGUGCAUGGAUAACAAAGUUUGGAGUGGCCGGCCAGCGUCCUGCAUUGAUACUGAACCUCCGAGAAUCCAGUGCCCGAGCGUGAAGGAGAAAACUGCAGAGCCCAACAAGCUGACGGCCAGAGUGUUCUGGGACACCCCGGAGGGCAGGGACACCGCUGAUGGGAUUCUGACAGAUGUUAUUUUGAAAGGCCUGCCACCAGGGUCACAUUUCCCAGAAGGUGACCACAAAAUCCAGUAUACCGUGUACGACAGAGCUGAAAACAAAGGCACUUGCAAAUUUCUUGUUAAAGUCAGAGUCAGGCGCUGUGUGAAAUUGAACGCCCCAGAUAACGGCUACAUCAAGUGUUCAGGUGAUGGAAAUAACUAUGGUGCUACAUGUGAGUUCUCCUGUAUUGGUGGCUACGAGCUGCAAGGAAGCCCAGCUAGAGUAUGCCAGUACAAUCUGGGGUGGUCAGGAGUGGAGCCAACCUGUGCACCCAUGAAUAUUAAUGUGAAUGUGAGGACUGCAGCUGCACUUCUGGAUCAAUUUUAUGAAAAGCGGAGACUGCUAAUUAUUUCAACUCCUACUGCAGCCAACUUCUUCUACAGGAUGCAGUUGGGAAUGCUGCAGCCGGCGCAGUGUGGCUUAGACCUCCGACAUGUCACUGUAGUGGAAUUGGUUGGUGUCUUCCCAGCACAGAUAGGAAGAAUAGGUGUAAAGCUGCUGCCCCCGUCACUUGCCCUGCAACUCAGGCUGCUGCUGAGGAUUCCCCACUACAAUUUCAACAUCGUGGUGAUGGACAAGCACGGAAUGGACAAGGAGCGCUAUCCCUUCCCCGCAACGCCAGCUGAGCUCUUUGCACUUAUUGACAAUUUUCCCUUGAGAAAAGAAGAGAUGAAACUGCAAGCAGAAAUUGGCCAGUCAUGUCCCUGAUUCAGGGUUGCAGGUGUCAGUGAAUUUUUUUUAAUCCACGUAAUUCUCCCCUUGGUGCUACACAAAGCAUGGCUUUUUUUAAUCACUGAUGUACAGAUUUUUUGUGUGUUGUUAAGGCUGCCCGGCUGUGUAGCUACUCUGCAUAGAAGUAUGCAUGAUGCUUUUUUUGUCCUUUUGGCCCUCUUCAGAGAAAAGCGUACGUAGGAUUACUACCCAAUCAUUUUUCUUGUACAGAGAGGGAAGAACUGAGGUACGUUACAGGGAGUUUAUUUUGGAUUUUUCAUUCAGUGUAAAAUUGGCAUUUCUUUCUUACUGUUUUAAGUCUUUUUAUUAAUAAAA